GCAAGCGUGCAUGAGCGCGGUGCGCCCUAGCCGAUCUGCGAUGUUGGGGUCCGCACCUUGUUCCAGGAGAUGAGAAAACUGAGACUUAAUAAGGUUAAACAAGUUCUUCAAAGCUUCGCAGCUAUUCCAAAAACCGGUGGCUUACCAGUACACCUACAGUCUCCCAAUCUGCAGAUUGGCCGGGAGAACCCACCAAUGAGGAGCUCUGGUAGGCGGGCCUAGACCGUCGCCGGCAGGAGGAAGAAGAGCAAAUUUCUAGUUGGCCUCGGCUUGAGAUCUGCGUGGGGGAGGGGCAGCAGGUUUUUCUCAUUGGAUCUCUGAAUACCCAGGCCCCCUCCACCAUGGCCAGCCGGGGUGGGGGCCGGGGUCGUGGCCGGGGUCAGCUGACCUUCAACGUGGAGGCUGUGGGCAUCGGGAAGGGAGAUGCUUUGCCUCCACCCACUCUGCAGCCUUCUCCACUCUUCCCUCCCCUGGAAUUUCGUCCCGUGCCUCUGCCCUCAGGAGAGGAAGGGGAAUAUGUCCUGGCACUGAAGCAGGAGCUACGAGGGGCCAUGAGACAGCUCCCCUACUUCAUCCGACCAGCUGUCCCCAAGAGAGAUGUGGAGCGUUACUCAGACAAAUACCAGAUGUCCGGGCCGAUUGAUAACGCCAUUGAUUGGAACCCUGAUUGGCGGCGUCUACCCCGGGAGCUGAAGAUCCGAGUGCGGAAGUUACAGAAGGAGAGGACCACCAUUCUGCUCCCCAAGAGGCCCCCUAAAACUACAGAAGAUAAGGAGGAAACAAUACAGAAACUAGAGACCCUGGAGAAGAAAGAGGAAGAAGUGACUUCUGAGGAAGAUGAGGAGAAAGAAGAAGAAGAAGAGAAGGAAGAGGAAGAAGAAGAAGAGUAUGAUGAAGAAGAACAUGAAGAGGAAACCGAUUAUAUUAUGUCAUAUUUUGACAAUGGAGAAGACUUUGGGGGUGAUAGUGAUGACAAUAUGGAUGAGGCUAUCUACUGAAGAAGGACCCUAAACAACACCCUGGACUCAAUACCUUUCUUGAUUUGGGAUUCAGAGAGUAACUACCUUUACUAUUUGGUUUUGUGGACAAGCAGAUCAUUUGGUCAAAGUACAAAUAACCUGUUUGGUUUCUGGGGACAGGAAUGGAGAAUGAUGACCAUAACAUUUUUUUUCACCUUUGUAUCCGCUCUGAUAUCUUGGAGAAAGGACAAAGGACCAGUGUUUAAAUUGUAUGAAGGGAUAAAGGACACUCUAAAGAAUGGUGGCCGGCAGCUAUACACUUACCACUACCAUAUUUGUACUGGUCUUUGUGAGGAUAAUUGAAGUGGAAGCAGUUAGGAAGAAUGAGAACAAUUUUAUACUUUUAAAUAAAAUGUUUUUAUCUAUCA